UGAGUAUAAGUAAUUAUAAGGGGGAGAAGUAGUGAAUGGGAGCAUCACAUUUUCAAAUGGAGUUGGCAAAUUUAGCAAAGUGCUUAUUUUUGGGUUUUAUGAUCCUGUGGAUUCAAAUCCAUGGAAACAAAGGUUGCUUUGAAGCAGAGAGAUCGGCACUCUUAAAUUUUAAGAAAUUUGUUGUAUCAGAUGGAGCUGAUGCAGAUCAUCUUCUUUCUUCUUGGGUUGAUGAUUCAAUGAGUGACUGCUGUAAAUGGGAGCGUGUCACGUGUAAUUCUACUACAAGUCACGUGAUUGAGCUCUUCCUCAACAAUACACGACAACAUGACAUAGAUAGCAAAUCAUUUUAUGAUGAUGAAAAUAUUUGGUUUAUAAAGGUGUCAAUGUUCCAGCAGUUGAAAGAGCUCAGAAAUCUUAAUUUAUCCUACAAUGUAAUUGGUGGUUUUAUUGAUUAUGAUGAAGGUUUUGAAAGAUUAUCAGAAUUAAAGAAGCUAGAAACCUUAGACCUUAGUCAUAAUUAUUUCAAUGAUAGCAUCUUAUCAUCAUUGGGUGCUCUUACAUCACUUAAGUCUUUGAUUCUUAAAAGCAAUAGCAUGGAAGGUUCCUUCCCUAGCAAAGGUUUUGAAAAAUUAGAGGAGUUGGAUAUCAGUUACAAUCUGUUCAAUAAUAGCAUCUUAUCAUCAUUGGGUGCUCUUACAUCACUUAAGUCUUUGAUUCUUGAAGAUAAUAGGAUGAAAGGUUCCUUCCCUAGCAAAGAAUUAAAUAGUCUGAAGAAUUUGAAAAUACUGGAUAUAAGUGACAAUGAAUUCAAUGGCUCCCUCUCACUUGAAGGUUUUGAAAGAUUAGAGGAUUUGGACAUCAGUUACAAUCAGUUCAAUAAUAGUAUAUUAUCAUCAUUGGGUGCUCUUACAUCACUUAGGACUCUGAAAAUUAGAGGGAAUAGCAUGGAAGGUUCCUUCCCUAUCCAAGAAUUAAAUAAUAUGAAAAAUUUGGAAACACUGGAUAUAAGUUUCAAUGGAUUCAACGGUUCCCUCUCACUUGAAGAAUUAAAUAAUUUAAAAAAUUUGGAAAUGCUGGAUAUAAGUUACAAUCGAUUCAAUGACUCCUUCUCAUUUGAAGAAUUAAGUAAUCUGACAAAUUUGGAAAUAUUGGAUUUGAGUUAUAAUCAAUUCAACGGCUCUCUCUCAAAAGGAUUAUGCAAAUUCAAAAGUCUCAUUGAGUUGGGUCUCGGAGGAAAUCAAUUUUCUGGUCCUCUUCCGGAAUGUAUUGGCAACUUGACCAACCUCCAAGUUCUUGAUCUGUCAUUCAAUCAGUUGAGUGGCAACUUUCAAUCUGUUGUUUCUAAACUCACAUCCCUCAAGUAUUUGCUACUUUCUGGUAAUGAGUUUGAAGGCUUAUUCUCAUUUAGCGCUUUGGCUAACCACUCUAAGCUUGAAGUAUUUCUACUCUCUUCGGGAAGUACGAGGUUAGAAUUGGAAACAGAACAUCCUACAUGGUUUCCUACAUUUCAACUCAAGUACAUUGACUUGUCGAAUUGCAACUUAAAUGUGAGAACUAGAGCAAUUCCUAGCUUUCUUCUCUACCAAAAUGACAUACGCUUCAUUGAUCUCUCUCACAAUAUGUUGUUUGGGAUGUUCCCCUCUUGGAUCUUACGAAAUAACUCCAAGUUACAAGUUAUGAAUUUGAUGAACAACUCAUUUACGGGAACUUUUCAUCUACCAAAUUACAAGCAUGAUUUGCAUAUGUUUGAUAUUUCGAGCAACAACAUCACUGGUGUGCUGCCUAAGGAGUUUGGUUUGGUCCUCUCAAAUCUACUCCAUAUAAACAUGUCAAGAAAUAAUUUCAACGGUAAUGUUCCUUCUUCAAUUAGUGAGAUACAAGAACUAUAUGCUCUGGAUUUAUCGCAUAAUAAAUUCUCAGGAGAGUUGCCAGGAAGUUUGUUUGCAAAUUGUACCUUUGAUUGUACACUGAUUCUGUCAAACAAUAAUCUUCAGGGGAACAUUUUUCCUCAAAAUAUGAACUUGAGAAGCUUGACGACAUUAGAUAUGAAAAACAACAACUUCAGUGCGAUGAUAGGCGUAGACUUCUUGGACAGAUCCUCCCUAUCUUUUUUGGACAUAUCCAAUAAUAAGGUAUCAGGUCCAUUUCCCAGACAACUAUGUAAUAUGAGUAGUCUUGAAUUUUUAGACCUCUCAGAAAAUAGGUUAUAUGGGCCUAUGCCUUCUUGUUUCAAUGCUUCAUCAUUGAGCUUCCUGUUUUUACAAAAGAACAGUCUAAAUGGAUCCAUACCCCAUGUGCUUCUUAGAAGUCCUAAUUUAGUGGCACUUGAUCUGACAGAUAAUAGUUUUUCUGGAAAUAUUCCAUCUUGGAUCAGUCAGCUCUCCCAAUUGCGUGUGCUUUUAUUGGGAGGUAAUGAAUUGCAUGGCAGUAUUCCUAAUCAGCUGUGUGAAUCAAGAAAUGUGAGUAUCAUGGAUCUUUCAAGUAAUUUACUUUCAGGUUCCAUACCUUCAUGUUUUAAUAAUAUAUCUUUUGGGAAUAAUAUAUCAUUUAGAAUGAUGGGAGUCAAUUAUUUAUACUCUAUGAAUGAACCACUUGAGAUCUUUUGUGCUCCAAGAGAUGGUACUAUUUACCGGUAUCUGCCUUGUGUGCCUGGGUAUUCUUCAGAAUAUGUGGAAGUGGAAAUUGCAAUGAAAUAUAGAUACAACUCUUAUAGGGGUGAUAUUAUCAACUUGAUGGCAGGAAUAGAUUUAUCAUGCAAUGAGUUAAGUGGUAGAGUUCCUCAAGAAAUUGGAGACCUGCAUGGAAUUCGGUCAUUGAAUUUGUCUAACAAUCACUUAACAGGAUCUAUACCAGUCAGUUUUUCAAAUUUAAGGAAUUUAGAGAGCCUAGAUCUUGGCAACAACAGUUUGAAUGGUGAAAUUCCUAGUGAACUAGUUAUGUUGACCUUUUUGGAAACUUUUAAUGUUUCAUACAACAAUUUCUCUGGUAGAGUUCUUGAUAAAGGGCAAUUUGGGACUUUUGAUGAAAAUAGUUACAAAGGUAACCCCGGCCUUUGCGGACCACUCAUUCAUCGGAGCUGCAGUACUGAUGAAACUCCACCACCAUCACCAUCUAUUGAUGUAGAAGAGGAAGAUGAAGGUGGUAUUGAUAUGGAGUGGUUCUAUUGGAGUUUCUGUGGAUCCUACGUCACAAUUCUAUUGGUGUUGGUAGCAAUCCUCUGCAUCAACAAGCAUUGGUGCAUGUUAUGGUUUAACUUGGUUGAUAUUUGUAUUAAUUCAAUUUCAGUUUGGCUCAACCAAUAAUAUGUCUAGUGUCUAUGCAAAAAUGUAGGCUUGUGCUAGUGCUUGAAGAACAUGGAGCUCCAUUGAUACGAAUAUUAUUGGUCUGUGUUAGUCAUUGUAAUAAUUGAAAUUUGAUUUCAUUUCCAUUGCCAAAA